AUGAGACUGAGCUCUUUACGACGAAAAAUGGGACUCAUUGAUACAGAUUUACGCGCUAUCAUCCAGCUUGGCUUCGCCUUUAUGUUGAUUUUCUCCGCAUUCAACUGCCAAGGAUUUAUUGAGAUAACUAUUUUAAAAGAUGCAGCUGAGAAACAUCCGUCUUCUGGAAUCACCAAUCAGUCUGGCUAUUAUAGUUUAGCGAUCAUUUAUCUAACUUUCACAUUUUCAAAUUUGCUUGCGCCAGCAGUCAUAAAUGUUGUCACUUCGAAAUGGGCAAUGGUUUUCGGAGCUUUCACGUACUGCAUCUUUAUGCUUGCUUUUAUAUUUCUCAAUUCCUAUUCGCUCUAUAUUUGUUCGGCGCUUACAGGUCUCGGUGCUGCAAUAUUAUGGACUGCACAAGGAGCCUAUCUCACUUCUUGGUCUCGAAUAGAUUCUAUAAGUCGCAAUAGUGGUAUUCUUUGGGCAAUGCUACAGUCAUGUUUUAUCUUUGGUGGAUUUUUUCUGUUUUAUAUUUCUCUUACAAGCUCGAUCGUCACCUCUGUCAAGUUGAUAUACACGACAUUUUCUGUAAUAACUGCUAUUGGAGCACUGGUGUUAGCAUUACUUCCAUCUAAACAAGAUACAGUGCAAUGCUCGACUCAAAACAAUGAUGAAAACGGAGUGCAAGAGGGGAGCGAUAUCAGUAUUGUCGAUGGUCGGAUAAGUUUCGAAACAAGAUCAGUACGGGGAACUGUAGAACCCUAUACAGUGAUUUUGUGGAAAGAUGAAUUUCGUAGUACACUUUAUCUUGCAAAGACCAAGAAAAUGUUGCUUCUGGCUGUGGUAUUCAUGUUCACGGGCAUCGAAAUGACAUUUUAUACUGGUGUUUAUUCAACCUGUCUUGCAGCGUUUGAAAGAUUAAAAGAUAAUGGAUUAAUCAUUGCUUAUAAUGCUCUUGCUCUUGGAGGAGGACAAGUCACUGGCGGUCUUGCUUUUGGAAUUUUCGCAAAACAAUCAGUUGCUUAUGGUCGUAAUCCAAUAAUUCUUCUUGGCACUGUUGUUCAUUUAAUAGCCUUUGUUCUCAUUUUUUUGAAUAUUCCAAUGGAAGCACCUUUGCAUAAAACGGAUUCGUUUGGUUACAUUGAGCCAAACUACUAUAUCGCCUUAAUUUGUGGUUUCAUGCUUGGUUUUGCCGAUAGCUGCUGGAGCACCCAAAUUUAUUCUCUUCUCAGUUCACUUUAUAGCAUCAACUGUACAAAUGCUUUUGCUCUUUUCAAAUUUUAUCAGUCAUUAGCUGCAUGUGCUAGUUUCUAUUAUGGUUCUAUUUUAUUACUACAUUGGCAGUUAUUAAUACUCGCUGUGACUGCUGUAUUAGCUGCACUUUGCUUUUUUCCAGUGGAAUGGGAGGCCGUGGCUUUUACCAGCCUUCCACCAAUUUUUACACCUUCAUAA